AGUUUAGCAACAAGAGGCAGUGUUGUGGUUGGAGUGCCGCGCGGAGGUCGUGUGGUUCACGACACGGCGCGAAAUAAUACGCGAUCCUUAUAUUCGUACAAAAUACAAAUUGUCCUCAGUGAAUUUGGACUUUACGUAGUUGAAAUUGAGUUCUAAACAGUGCCAAUUCUAGUUUCAUCUCAAGUUGAGAUUAUAAAGACGAAACAAUGUCGGCGAACGUCAUCUUAGGGUGCGUGAUGGCGCUGGUCAUCAUUCUCUUUACAAUUAGCUCUAUGGCCAGAUAUUAUAUUAAGUUCACACUGUUCAUCGUCAUGUCAUUAAUAUUCGCCGCAGCACCAAUGCCACUUAUGUUGAUCAAGCCAUUCGACCCAAGAAAUGCAUUAAUACCAGCAUUCUUCCUUAGAUGUUUUGCGAGGAUACUGGGUCUACGAUGGAAGGUCAGAGGGCUGGAAAACGUUGACAAUAGUCGGGGAGCGGUUGUUCUUUUGAACCAUCAAAGCAGUUUGGAUCUUUACGCGUUAGCAAUAAUAUGGCCGCUCAUGUCUCGGUGUACGGUGGUAUCGAAGCGAUCACUGCAGUACCUCGUACCGUUUGGCACUGCGACUUGGCUGUGGGGCACCGUAUUCAUAGACAGAGGAGCGAAAAGUGCACGCGAUGCCCUCAACAAGCAAGUCGACGCUAUCAAGAACGAAAAGCGAAAACUCCUCCUGUUUCCCGAGGGGACGAGGCACUCUGGUGACAGACUGUUGCCGUUCCGCAAGGGUGCAUUCCACGUGGCAAUGGACGCGGGCGCGCCCAUACAACCCGUUGUUAUCUCAAAGUACCAUUACCUCGACGGGAAGCGACACAAAUUCGGCUCAGGCGAGUUCAUAGUAUCGUUCCUGCCAAUGAUUGAGACAGAAGGCCUGACGAAAGAUGACAUCGUGUCGCUGGUGGAUAAGACACAACUGAACAUGCAGGAAGAGUUCACAAAGAUCUCGAUGGAGACGUUAGAGCGACGCAACCGAAUCAAGGCUGAUUAGAAUGAGGUAAUUACAAAUUCAUAUCGUCGUGUAAAAAGAGCUGUGAUAAACAAACGUAUAAAGAAAUAGUUACUAAAAUGUAAUUUGACAGUUAGUUGUUGGUGUUUACAUUGUUGUUCUGUGUAGAAAUGUCCCUAUAUUUA